CGCCCCCGCGGGCCCGGCAGGCGGAGCCAAGAUGGCGGCGCUGUGGGUGCUGCGCGCCCUGCGGGGUCUCUGCGGGGCCGCGCUGUUCCUGUCCCAGCUCUCCGUCCUCUCCGGCCGCGCGGGAUCUUUGAUGACAACAAAGCUUUCACAGCCACAGUCUACACUGGCAAAAAGCCUAACUUCAACAAGUACAAAUACUCCCUAUUUUAAAGCAGCAGAAAGCACAGAAAUUCCACCUUACAUGAUUAAAUGUCCCAGCAACGGGCUUUGCAGUAGAUUGCCACCAGACUGCAUGACAUGCAACACAAACUACUCCUGUAUAUAUGGGAAGCUGGCCACUUUUGAUUGCAAGGUCAAGCCACAUGUUCAUUGUGUUGAUGAGAAUAACCACGAGCAGGAGAACUUCACGAUUAACAUGACGUGCCAGUUUUGCUGGCAGCUUGCCACAAGUGACUAUGUCUGCACCAACUCCACCAACUGCAUGACAGUUUCCUGCCCACGCCAGCGAUACAAUGCCACUUGUACAGUCCGGGAUCACAUUCAUUGCCUGGGUAACCGUGUCUUUCCUAAGAUGCUCUAUUGCAAUUGGACUGGAGGUUAUAAGUGGUCUACUGCCUUGGCACUAAGCAUCACCCUUGGUGGAUUUGGUGCCGAUCGUUUCUAUUUGGGCCAGUGGCGGGAAGGUCUGGGGAAACUCUUCAGCUUUGGAGGACUUGGAAUAUGGACACUAAUCGAUGUGCUGCUCAUAGGUGUUGGCUAUGUGGGACCUGCAGAUGGUUCUCUUUAUAUUUAAAUGUGGGUAUAGUGUAUUUCAGAGAGGAGUCAUUGCCUGGGAAGGGCUCUAAAUAAAAGAAGGUGGAAAUUUGAGCCUUUAAGGUAGAAUGAAGAACAAGUAUUUGUUCUGUGUGCAUACAUUUUAAUGUACAGUAUCUGUACUUGGUUUGCCUUUAACUAAGGUGAAAUAAAAGAGUGGAUCACUGAGUAAGUUGAAAUUAAUUUCAUUUCUUCUAUGGAUAUGUUAUUUUUCUAUGAAAAAAAGUUGAAUGGCUAUCCAAAUUCUGCACUGUGAUUGAACUUGGAUGAUUGAACUGUCAGGCCCCAAAAGGGAUGCAAACUAACUUGAAUAUUGAAUUUUUAACUUCAUAUUCCUAUGCUUGAAUUUAACUUUAAACCUAACUUUCCUAAAUAUGUCAGUAAUUUUUCUUUUUUGUAUUUGUGGAAGGAUUCUUUAUUUGCCUGAGUUAUGCUGGUAUUAUGUAGAUCACCAUGCUUUAUGAUGUUAAUUAUAUUCAUCUCUUGUUCUAGGACAUAGCAAGAGCUAACAUCUGCCUAUGGACCUGACUUAAAAUUGUGGGGGGUUUAGAAUUAGAUUGCAGAAACACUAAAAACUAAACAUGAAAUAAUUUAAACAGAUUUUUUUAUUGUUCUUUGUUUUGGUUGGGUUUGACCUGCAUAUCAGUGAAAAGUUACAAUUCCUAAUCUUGUGCUAGCAAGCUUGACAAAUUGCUUUAAAAAGGGGUUGGCAAUGUAAUCCACGAGUUUAUCCACUUAGGACUUCGGGACAUGAUAAUGUAGCGGACUAGUGCCAUUACAGGAGAAUAACCGACUGUGUAGUAGCGGUAAAUACCCGGCGGUGUGUGCACGGCGCUGGAGCUGCCGCUGCUGCGGCACAGCCGGGCUGCAAAUCGUAUCGCUUGAAUAAACUGCGACUCGAAGCUUUUAUGGCAUUAAA